AUGCGCUCUUCGAUCUGUGUUGGUGGCGGUGCUGACUGGUCGAUUCGCCUUCUUUUCAUCCUUUAUUUUGUUGGAUUUUGUCAAUCAGCUUCUUCGUUUCUUGCAUGGCAAAAAGCCACUGGUCAGCAAAUCGAAAGAGCCAGAAUCAUCGGAAUUCAAGCCCGGUACGUCUACUCACAAGCAAUAAAGUCUGAUGGAUUAACGGAAAGAGAUCGAUUUCAAAUGUUUUUUUUUUGUUAUUCACAUCGUUUCAGAAAACUUCUGUAUCUCGAUGGACUACAAAAGUGCAACUCAAUCGAUGACGAGCUGAUUGCUAGUAUUGAUAAGAAUAUUGUGAAGAGAAGUUAUAGAAAAUCAGAUUCUGAUGCUCUCGAAAAAACCGGACUCAAUCCAUUUUUUGCAUCUUUUGUUACUCUUCCAGCUGUUGAUAUAAAAAAAGUUGUCAACUUUGCAUGCGCAAAACAUGAACAACAACUCGAAUGUGGAUUACAGUAUGAAGGAGAACAGAAAACGAACCAAAGGAUAGCAGAAUUAAUGGAAGAUGGAGGAAAUAGACAAAUGUUUGAGCAUGAAUGUGUUGAUGAGGAUUAUGCGACAGACGUUUAUCCGUGUCUCGGAAGAACUGACAAAUGGAUUGGUGCAUGUGAAAAAGAAAUUUCCGAAUAUUCAAUCCUUCGAGAGAAAGUGAACAACAAAAUCAAUUCGGUCUACAAUUCAGCGAUCCAAACUGUCAAAUCAAUGAAUGAAAAUCGGGAGCAAGUGUUCACGGACACUAUGAAAUUAAUAAAUUAUGCAGAAGGAUCCAAAUGCCUUUCGUUCAAAAAAAUGCGGGUAUGUCUUCUCCAACAAUUGGUUAACGUUUGUGGAAUCGAGACCGCCCGUGCUUUGAAUACAUCGCUGUCUGUUGGUUAUUUGACAUCAGAAAGACCUCCUCGCCUUCAAAUGGAUUUUCAAAAUUUCUCAUAUCCAGUUCAUCCAUUCUGUGAAAAAUUAUUCCCAGACUCCUCUGUGACUUUUCUGAUCAAUAAUUCAAUUAUUAUCAUUUCACCAUUUUUCUUCAUCUUGUCCAAAUAUUUUGAAGAUACAAAAAUGUUCGAUAAUUUUGUUUUCAAUUUUUUCGCUGUUCUCACUCUCUCUAUUUUGAUGGCUCUAUGCGGGAAAAAUCGAACUACAGCUCGAAAUGUGAAAAAACCGUAUUCGAAGAGUCCUAGUAAAAAAGAAAAAUCAUCAAAACCGAGAAUCACAAACUCUGCAAGAAGUACAAAGAAAUCAAGUGAUGUUCCAAAAGUUGUUGGAUGUCAACCAACUAGAGAAGAUGAAGGACUGGAUAGCAUUGAUACACAUACUAAAACUUUGAGCGAUGAGAAAAUCAAGACAGAUCGAAAUUCACAACAAAAGAAAAAGAAGAAGACGUUGUCUGACGAACCGUCGAGAAAGCGUGAUUCGAGUUUUUCGGAUAGUAUGGAUGAGUCUGAAAACGAUUCAUUGGAAACCAUCAAGAAAACUGGAAAGAGUAGUAAAGAUGAAGAAAAGAGUUCCAGUCGUGGAUCCAUCCGAACGGAAGAAGAUAAUCUUACUAAAACGAAAUCUAUCGAUGAAUAA